AUGGCCCUCACGUGCCACUGCCACUUUCCCCGAGAGCAGAUCCGCCUCCGCCCCCCCGACCCAAUCCCAACCUCCCUCCCCACACUACGCGCACCCAAAACCCUGCUCCCCCGCCCGCUGACAUCCAUGGCCCACCGCGCCCCCGCCGCGCUCCUCCUCCUCUUCCUGCUCGUCGCCGUCGCCGUCGCCGUCGCCGCGUCGGGGGAGGAGGGGCCAGGCUCGGCGUCGGAGGUGGUGGUCGAGCAGGAGGAGGCGGGGAUGCUGGAGCAGCUCGCGCGGCUGGAGGCCGUCGCGGACUCGCUCGCCAGGUCCGUGCGCGCGCUGGAGGCCGCGCUCGCCAGAUCCGCGGACCCGGGGCCGCCCCCGCCGGCGCGGUUGCAUCAGCAGCCCGAGCAGGAGGAGGCGGUCUCCGACGCCGUGGCGGAGGAGGCGCCGGGCGGGGGCGGAGCGGGGCGGCGGGCCCCGCAGGGCGUGGCGGUGACCAAGCGCCGGCCUUUGUGGUCCGAGCGGUUCCUCUUCGCGGCGGCCGUGCGGCUCGGGGACGGCGCGCACGCCGCCGCCCAGGCCGCGCUGCCCUACGAGGACGCCGACGGCCUCACCAAGUACUUCGCCGUCGGCGACUCCCUCGGCCGCGUCUUCGUCUUCUCCGCCGCCGGCGACGCGCUGCUCGAGCUCGGCCUGCCGCCCCCGGGGGAGUCCUCCUCCUCCUCCCCGGUCACCGCCCUGCUCGCCUACCUCUCCCCGCGCCGCGCCGACUGCCUGCUCUUCGCGGGCCACGCGGACGGCUCCAUCGCGGCGCACCGCCUCACCGAGUCCUCCCCGCACGGCGACGACUGGCUCACCCUCGCCGCGGCCUCCUCGCGGCUCCUCGUGCGCGGCCUCGACGGCGCCCCGGUCCUCCACCUCGAGGCGCACCACGCGGGCCGGUCCCGCUACGUGCUCUCCUGCGACGCCGGCCGCCGCAUCCGCGUCUUCACCGAGAACGGCACGCUCUACGGGACCGCCAUCGCCUCCUCCACGCCGCUCGCCUUCGUCAAGCAGCGCCUCCUCUUCCUCACCGAGGCCGGCGCCGCCUCGCUCGACCUCCGCUCCAUGACCGUCCGGGAGACGCCCUGCGAGGGCCUCGCCGACGCGCUCAACGGCUCCCGCCCCAGGUCCUACUCCUUCGACCCCUCCGAGCGCUUCAAGGCCUACGGCUUCACCGACGCCGGCGACCUCGUGCACGUCCUGCUCAUGGGCGACGUCGCCAACCUCAAGUGCCGGGUCCGGGCCGUCAAGAAGGCCGAGGUCGACAGCCCUGUCGCAAUACAGACCAUCAAAGGUUACCUCUUGGUGGCCAGCCAGGACAAGAUCAUGGUGUACAACACCUCAUCUCAGUACUAUGGGAGGGUCGGGGCGCCCCGGCCGCUGUUCACCACUGCCAUUAGGGACAUCAAGGCUGUGUUUGCGGGUUCUAGCGCCGUCAUGUCAGCCGCACCAGCUGGGAAGCCUCUUAUUGCCGCGGACCGUGAGAAGCUCGUCAUCUUGGGGCUUGGGGAUGGUUACAUCGCCAUCUACCGUUCCAACUUCCCGGUGUACAAGCCGGAGAGCAAUGCUGUUGUGUGGAGUGGCCCAGCGCUGCUUUUCCUCCUGUUCUUGAUUGGCAUCUGGCAAGUCUAUGUGAAGAAGAAGGAUUCGUUGGGAUGGACACCGGAGGAGACGUUUAACACCUCGGUCACAGCUCCUACAGGGAGCAUCUUGAAUCAUCCAGCCAGUGAGCGAGCAUUCGCAGAUAGCACGACAAGAGCUGCUGAUCGAAGCUAUGUGGAUGGCACGACCAGAGCCAGCGACAGAAGCUAUGUGGACGCCACUGCGAGAUCUACUGACCGAGCCUAUGCUGAGGCUACCAGGGCUGUGGACCUACGCGGCGGGGCGUUGAGAAGUGCUCCGAGAAGGUAUGUGUCCCCUACCAGGUAUGCAGGGGCAGCCGGUAUUCCGUAUCGACCUGUUUCGGCCGAGCCCGGGCUUAGAGGAGCCACUCCAGAGCUGAAGUACCGAGGCCCAGGUAUGGAGCCCCCUGGUUUCCCCAAGAAAAGGGAGACAUUGUUCUCGAACAACCAAGCCGUAGUAGAUGAUCACGUCGAAUGA